AACAGAAGUUUCCACUUGAACCCCCGAAACGUUUCCGCUUAUGGGAGGUCUCUUCUCUCCCUCUGCCCCCCUGUCUCUGUCUCUGUCUCUCUCUCGGCGUUUUCCCUUCUGAUCUCUGCACAAUUGCCCGUUUCUCCGAUCUGACCACCGGCGUCCUCUUCCAUUGGAUCGGCUCGUGGCCGUUCCUACUCCUCUGCAGACACUGCGUUUGAUCUUAGCUCGAUUUCGAGCAUGGACCUAUUCGAGGCCUUCUUCAAGAGUGCGGAUUUGGACGGCGAUGGCAGGAUCAGUGGAGCUGAAGCCGUCGCCUUCUUCCAAGGAUCCAACCUUCCCAAACACGUCCUCGCUCAGAUAUGGAUGCAUGCCGAUCAGCGUCAGACUGGCUUCCUUGGUCGGCCGGAGUUUUAUAAUGCUCUCAGACUUGUGACUGUGGCACAGAGUAAAAGGGAAUUGACACCUGAAAUAGUGAAGGCCGCUUUAUAUGGUCCGGCUGCAGCUAAAAUUCCUCCGCCACAAAUUAAUCUUCCUGCCAAACCUGCACCUUAUUCAAGCCAACCAUCUGCUGCGUCUGCUGGACAAAUGGCCCCCCCGGCUUUGCCAUCAUCUCAAGCACCUAAUGCAGCUCAGAACCAACAGUACUUUCCUCCUCAACACACUCAGUCACCGAGACCGCCUCAAAGCAUGCCGGUUGCUCCUUCAGUUCGUCCACCACAGCCUAAUUCAGCUCCAGCUUUUCCUAGGGGUAGUAUGGUGGGCCCUAUUUUGCCCAAUGCUAAUGUUUCCAAUAAUUGGGCUAGUGGAAUGUCUGGUGGAGCUCCAAGAGGACCUGUAGGGAUGAAUCAAGCACCGACAGGACCUGUAAGGCCACAAUCUCCGGUUACUUCGCUGUCACAACCGAUGAUUAGCAACUCUAAAGCAUUGGUUGUUUCUGGCAAUGGCCCUGCUCCGAGUUCAGGUUUUGGAAACGAUCUAUUUUCUGCCAACCCAUCUCAACCAAAACCAGAACCUUCUGUGCCUUCUCCUUCCGUCAACAGUGUACCUGCCACUCCUCCAGUUUCUGGUGGUCCACAGACAUCGGAUAAGCCCAAUCCACUAGAUUCGUUAGGUUCAUUUUUAAGAGGCCCUACCAGUGGUCAGCCUCCACGGCCGCAGACACCGGCGAGCUCGAGCCUGCAGGUUUCCCCCCAAGGUUCUGCUUCUACCUCAUUUGGUGCCCCUGCCAUUUCAGCUGCUGGGGGGAAUUCUACUUCUAACACUUCCCAGAUGCCUUGGCCGAAGAUGAAAGUUGCUGAUGUUCAGAAGUACACGAAGGUUUUUAUGGAAGUUGACACGGACAGGGAUGGGAAAAUUACUGGAGAGCAGGCUAGGAAUCUGUUCUUAAGUUGGAGACUACCAAGAGAGAUUUUAAAGCAGGUGUGGGACUUAUCCGAUCAGGACAAUGACAGCAUGCUUUCUGUGAGGGAAUUUUGCUUUGCUUUGUAUUUGAUGGAGCGCUACAGGGAAGGCCGUCCUCUUCCCUCGGCACUUCCUAGUAAUGUUAUGUACGACGAGACACUGUUGAACAUGACAGGUGCUCCAAAAGUUCCUUAUGGAAAUGCUGCUUGGGGCCCGGCUCCAAGUCCUGGUUUUGGGCCACAGCAAGGGAUGCCCGGUGCUAGACCAAUGGCUCCUGGUCCGAGACCUCCGAGGCCACCAAUGCAGUUUCCGCAAGCUGAUGGCGCCAAAACUGGUCAACGAGAUUUGAGUGCCACAGUCUUGGGGGAUUCAUUUUUGAAUCAAACGGAUGGUGUGGAUCAGUCUGAUUCCAAUCUUCAAGAGGCGACAGCUACGGGAAAAAAGGUUGAAGAAAAGAUAAUUUUGGAUUCCAAGGAGAAGCUUGAGUUCUACCGCACAAAAAUGCAAGAUCUUGUUCUAUUUAAGAGCAGAUGCGACAACAAGCUGAAUGAGAUUACUGAGAGGGCAAUUGCAGAUAAACGAGAAGCUGAGUUACUUGCCAAAAAGUAUGAAGAGAAGUACAAGCAAGUCGCUGAAAUAGCAUCUAAAUUGACUGUUGAGGAGGCAACGUUUCGGGACAUUCAGGAGAGGAGGAUGGAGUUGCAGCAGGCCAUUGUUAAGAUGGAACAAGGCGGCAGUGCUGAUGGUAUUCUUCAGGUCCGAGCUGAUCGUAUUCAAUCGGAUCUUGACGAGCUAAUGAGGGGUCUAGUUGAUCGCUGUAAGAAACUCAGCAUAGAUGUCAAACCGACAGCAUUGAUUGUGCUCCCUGGUGGCUGGCAUCCUGGUAUUCAAGAGGGAGCUGCUGUUUGGGAUGAAGAAUGGGACAAGUUUGAAGAUGAAGGGUUCGGCAAUGAGCUCUCUUUCGGCGAGAAAGCAAAAUCUACUCCUGUGCAGAGAAAUGUUGCUUCUCCAGAGAAUGGCUCUCCCGCCGAUUUAUUUUCAAACGAUGAUGGAAAGCAUUCUAGCCCUUUCAGUGGGGUAGAACAGGCUUUCGAUAGUGAAUCCUUGUAUAACAACAGCGAAGAUGGCUCAGGAAGAAGCCCUCAUGGGAGCCCACUAGGAAGGACUACUCCAGAGAGUCCAUCCCGAGCUUUCUCUGAUCCCCAUUUUGAAAAGAGUUCUGAAGGAGAUGCAGAUACUCACAGGAGUUUUGAUGAUUCAAACUGGGGCACCUUUGGCAAUAACGAUGAUGUGGAUUCCGUCUGGGGUUUCAAUACCAAGGAUUCAACUUCCUACUCCUUCGGAGAUAGUGACUUUGGUGUGAAGCCGAUAAAUACAGGUUCUCCAUCUUCCGAUAGUAAUGCCUUUCCAACGAGGAGUCCAUUCUUCGAGGACUCUGUCCCCCCAACCCCUGCCUCCAAGUUCGGGGACUCCUCCCCAAGGUACAGUGAGGCAGGGGAUAGCUACUUCGACAACUUGUCAAGGUUUGAUUCCUUCAGAACAACAUCCGAUGCUGGUGGAUUCUUCUCCUCCUCCCAGCCCGAUAGGUUCACGAGAUUCGACUCCAUCAGCAGUAGCAAGGACUUCUCCCAGCCUGACAGGUUCACGAGGUUCGAUUCCAUUAGCAGUUCCAAGGACUCUGGUGGCCACAGCCGUGGGUUCUCUUCCUUCGAUGACAACGACCCCUUCGGAGCUUCUGGACCCUUUAAGGUCUCUUCCGAGACCCCAAAGAAGAGUUCAGACAACUGGAAUGCAUUUUAAUCUGGCGGUUAUAGAGUACGUCACUGCUCGAGCCAAUUUAUUCCCGACUUGCUCCUCUCCUCAAGGUGUUCUGCUCAGGUUCCUUUUAUCGUGAUGAAUUCUUUUCCGAGUGCUGUGCACUGUAUAGCUCGUGUGAAGCUGGGAUUUUUUUUUUGUAAAAUAUGAUCCGAUGUGCCUUGUAUUGUUGUUUUUUAUUCUUCGAGAUGAUUGCGGGUAUGUAUUGUAUUCUUGUUGAUUCUUGGAGUACAUGACACGAGAAGGUCAUGUGUUUCGCGUCCAAUUUUUGAACUGAGAAGAACUUACUAUGGUGUGAGAAAUAAGUUAGGAACGUUUUCUGCAA